AUGCAGGCGAUCCUUGAGACUGUCAGUAAUCUGCUUCCGUAUCAUCUCCUCUCAUAUGGAGCUCUUCUGGGGACAGAACUCUUUCAGAGCUUUGUCAACACUAAAGUCUGCUACCAAGCCCUUCCCAUGAAAGAGUUUCUCGCUCUCCAGAAACGCAUCUUCCCAGCGUAUUUUCGCUGUCAAGUGGGAUUGGUCGUUUUGACUGCGGUCACUCGGCCGCCUUAUAGCAUACUCUCUUUCUCGCAGCAUAUUUGGGACUCUGUUCCUUUAAUUGUGGUGGGUGUCACAGGGGCCCUGAAUUGGUUCGUUUUUGGCCCCCGGACCACGAAGACUGCUUUUAUUAGGAGGGCGCUUCACGAAAGUGCCAUGAAUGAAGAUAACCCUACUGCGACGGAUCCAGCGAAGCUCAAGCAGGCAAACAAAGCAUUUUCCCGCAAUCAUGCUAUGUCAAUCCAUCUGAAUGCGAUUUCCCUUGUCGCAACCGUUUGGUAUGGGUUUGCAUUGUCGUCAAGCCUUCUGAAAGGGCUGUGA